AUGACCUUGCACGCCCCGAAACGAGCCUGUGAUCAAUGUCACACAUUGAAAGAAAAGUGCCGACGCCUAAGUGCAACAUCCUCGUGCGAGCGAUGUGACCGCUUGAAUCAAUGCUGCAAGACAAUACGAAACCUUGCCAGACCCGGACGGAGGCCACGCGUUACAAGAAAGCUAUCCUAUAAUCUUCCACCCUCCAGCUGCAGCUCAGUCAUACGAAAUGCAAAGACACUCGACCUAUCUUCUUCCCAAAACACAUCCUAUCCUCACUUCUACCUCCCCUUCGACGAAGGUCUAUCCAGCAACCCAUCCCUAUUUCCCGAAUUAGACCAGUGGGAAAGACAUUUCCUGAAUUUGAUGAAAGACAUCGUCGCACCAUCCCCACUGGACAAAUAUCUAAUUGGACCGAGUUUCCACGAGUCGCACCACCGUCUGUUUGUGCAGAACCUACUCCGACCCGCUCCCACACCUAUAUUAAAAGACGCCACACUCGCUUGUACCGCCGUGCUUCUCGGAGACCAAUAUGCGCAAUACACCACGACAAGCGCGGAAGUUGGGCAUCGACGAGCUGCAUUGGCUGUGUCAGGACUGCGGUCAUUGAGAAUCUCCGAAGAGCAGGAUCUGGUGACUGCGCUCGUAGUUGGUGUGUCCAUGGUGACUUUUGCUAUGCAUGUUGCCGAUGGCCAGCCAUUUCUUAUAUCGCACUACACAUUGAACCUUGUCAAGCCGGUUUAUCAAACUAUCUUAGCCAUGAACCCUGGUAACAUGGACUUUUUGAUGUGCCUGGUUAGCACGGAGACUUUUGAGUGUCUGCUGAGGUCUGAGCUGCCGACUAUCCGCAUCGGUGAACAUGAUCGCUGCAAUGUUGUUGAUCGGUACCUUGGGGUUAGCUCGUCAAUCUUUGCUCAUUUGUAUGAUAUAUGUGGGGCAAGUCAUUUGAUGAAAGUGACCGGUGGGCGAAUGGAUAUGAAGAUGGUUGAGCGACUGAAAGCGAUACAAGAUUCGCUAGAGCAAUGGCAACCCCCCCCCCCACCGGAAAUUAUUGAAAGAUUCACUCAAUUGGAGAUUGUUGGUAUGCUCGCUCAGGCCGAGGUUCUCCGUCUUGCGGCUUUGCUUAUUGUACAUCGGAUACGCCAUCCCUUUGGAAAACGUCACAAGGAAGCAUUGCAGCUAUCCAGCACUAUUACCGCGAAGAUCGAUAUGGUCUUGCAAUCAAUAGGGCGCCCGAUACCAUGCGCAUCGCUUCCCUAUAUGGUUGCAUGCUUUGAGGUCACGAGGACUGAAGCGCGAGCCGCAGUCGUUGACAAGAUUCCCGAAGUCGUGACUUUCUCCAGAGAAUUGCAGCUUCAAGUAAGACGCUCCUUGUCAUUGGCAUGGGAUGCGAUGGAUAGUGGGGUCCAUAUCUACUGGUUUGAAAUAUGUGAUUAUAUACGCAAGACAUCUUGCACACGAACACACAUAUAA